AUGGAAGCGGCUCUUCGAAGCAGAAAUAUGGAGGAAUUUCGAAGGGUCUUACAUGCCGCAAAGAAUAUAAUCGUCGUUGCUGGAGCAGGUCUCUCCGCUGCCUCUGGUAUUCCAACCUUUCGAGGAGCAGGAGGAAUGUGGAGAUCCUUGGAGGCGGUGUCUUUGGCAACCCCAGAAGCAUUCGACCAGAAUCCCAGUCUCGUUUGGCAGUUUUAUCAUUACCGUAGGGAGGCAGCCCUUCGUGCCCAACCAAACGCGGCACACCUCGCACUUGCAAAGAUGAUGGUUCCAAGCAUUCUAGCGCGGGUCGCUCCAGCGGCUCAAUCGUUUCAUCUGAUCACUCAAAACGUAGACGGACUCUCUACUCGAGCAAUUCAAGCUGUUGCAGAAGAACGACGAAGCGCCUUAUCUUCGCCAAGCCCUCAAGACCUCCCUAACCCCUCAUGUCUCAUCGAGAUGCACGGACGUCUGUUUGACGUACGAUGUACACAAUGUAACCACACUGUACUCGACUUCUCGAGUCCACUAUGUUCUGCAUUGCACGAAGCAGACAAAGAGCAUACCAGUGUGAUCCAGGCAGGACAAAAGGAACACGAAGUCAAAAUCCCAGUAUCGGAGUUACCCAAAUGUUCCGAAUGUGGCAGCUUGGCUCGCCCCGGCGUAGUUUGGUUCGGCGAGGAGAUUCCGCUCUUGGAGGACAUUGACAAGAUUGUGGCCGAGGCCGACUUGUGUCUAGUAGUUGGUACCUCGUCCAGGGUUUCCCCAGCCGCCAACUUUGCAAUGGAAGUUCGUGCAAACAAUAAUCGGACAGGCCGCGUUGCCGAGUUCAAUAUCGAGAGUUCAUCGAGGGGCCCUGUGGACUUUAGAUUUAUUGGGGAAUGUGAAACUGAACUCCCAGAAGCCCUCGGCCUCAAGGAUGUAGAAUGA